CUCCUGUCCUAUAUGUCGAACCGCUCUGUAAGAGUUCUAGUAUUUCAGAGCGAACAUUCCUUGUACUGCCCUUUUCCUCUAAAGUUUCUUCUUCACCUCCAUGAAAUUAUUCGCAUCAAGAGUGAAUUGGUAUCAACCCUUAGCAUUGUGCUAUUAUGAUUCAGUCAAUACCUACCAUAACAAUAGUAACCAUGACUCCUCACUUCUCCAUUGUCACCACCACAAUAAUAACCAUGAAUACUAAUACUUUUCAUUCGAUGGCUGCUCCGCCAACUCGAGCUUUCGGAUAUCUCAAAAUUGCACUUCCAAUUUGCAACUCUAGACGCAAUGUGCAAAUACUGUACCAAGCUCUCUCCCCUCAUCCGAGGCUACGAUACUGGACUUAAGGAACCAGUCUUUCGGGCUCUGGCAGCUCUACAUCAAAAUAUCGAGCCUAAUCUCGGCGAUUGCUACCAGUGGAGACAUGAAAAGACGAGCGCAGUGCGUAGACGACUAGGUGCUGUCGAAAAAGUGUUGCGCCUGGAUGCCGUCAGAGAAAUCAUGCAAGAAUUGGAUCAUGAGAUUAUUGAAUUAAAGGAAUCGAUGGUUGAACAUCCGCCAUCUAGGAAGGGUGGGCUGAGUAGGGAGGAUAUCAUGGUGAUGGAUGUGACUCCGAGUCAGAGUGCGAGUAUGGAGAAGAAAGGAAGAGACGUGGAGAGGCGGGCGGCAGAACAAGCACUUGAUGCCAAAAAGGUAGGUGAAGUCGUACGUGAGAUUGAAUCUUGCUAAAGCAAUCAGGAGUCUCCAACGAAGAUUGAGAAGAGAUCCAGAGGAGAUACACCAAGCAAGUAUGAUAAGGAAC